UCCAUUAAAGGCACCCAAGCUGCGAAAGGAUUUUACAGUGCAGAUUUUUCACAGGAAAGCGCAUGCUAUUCCUGCUUUUUGGAUUUACUUGUGUUUUAAUCUUUACCUACAUGGACAAGAAACUACAAAAAGAUAUUGAUCGAAACGCUGUGUUACACAUCAUUAAAACAUACACUCCGAAGAGACAACAACCUUUCGAUUACCAAACAACCGUGAGAGUAAAAGCAGUCAAGGCUACCAAUCAACCAUCGGGAAAACUCAAACAAAAUGAAAACCACAAUCUGAAGAAACAACAGUCUAUCAAGUACCAACCAACUUUGAAAGUAAACGCAGUCAAUGUUACCAAUCAACCGUCAGGAAAGCUCAAACAUUUGGCGAAAUCGAAGCAUGUUGAAUACAAAGAGGAAUCCUGUGAUAUUGAAACUGAAAGGUAUUAUUUUCAGCACAGAAAGAAAAAGACCAAUUUGUUUAUAAAUUUUACACCAAUUGGUGGGUCGGACUGGCGAUUUCUUUCCACCAUUCAUUGUGUGGAUUUAAAUGAAACCAUUUUCACCAAGUCUAAAGAAGAAAGAAAACAUCUGACUCCUAAAUGCUCCUACAAUGCCGUGUAUCUGGAAUCAAAGAAUCAUUCAAAAGAUAUUCCUAUCUUUCAGUUUCCAGACAAAUGUCUAAAAAGAGUCAUUAGUAAAUUCUGCACAGACAAAUCCACUGUUCCAAACAUUGUUCAUUACAUAUGGCUGGGAAAGCGGGAAUUUGAGUUCAUUUAUUUUGUAAGCUUCUAUAGCACGCACAAAAACCAAAAACCCUGUCUAAUUUUUCUUUAUUUUGACAUUUUACCUUUUGGGAAAUGGUGGGAUAUACUUCCAAAAUUUGUCAACAAUAUCGUGUAUAUAAAAAUUACACCACCAACAGAAAUUUCCGGAAAGAAAGUCAAAUGGGUGGAGCACAAGUCUGACAUCAUGAGACUUAAAAUAUUAAAAGAAUACGGUGGCAUAUACCUUGACACAGACCAAUACGUCCUCAGGUCACUAAAUGAAUUCAGAAACAAAGAUUGCACCAUGGGGAUGGGACAUGAUGGAGCAAUGGCUAGUGCAUUGAUAAUUGCAGCAAAAAAUUCCACAUUUAUUAACAUUUGGAUUGACAGUUAUAAGUCAUAUAAUCCAAACAUAUGGGGUGCAAACUCCGUAACGAUGGCAAGGAUUCUUUGCAGAAAGUAUCCACAACAUGUGUUUGUGCAUGAACACCAUUGCCUUUUCUUUCCACACGGGUCAGUUUUGUAUGACCAAAAUUAUAAAUGGUCUCACAGCUAUGGACUUCACCUUUAUAGUAAAGUAACAAGGAAGAAGGAAGUCCAAAAAUGGAAUUUAGUAACUAUAAGAAAAUUAAACAAUACGAUUGGUGCUGUUUUUAGGUAUGUCCUGUUUGGUAGCAAGGAAUUGUGCGAUUAGUUCAUCAACCAGUGUGUAGUUCCUUGUCUUUCUCUAUUUGAAAUUAAUACUUGUGAUGUUCUGCUUACAAUUUAUAUUGAUUAAAUGGACUUUUGUGCAUGUUCACUAUGUGUUAUCUUCCCAUUUCAUUCUGUGUCCUCACUUUUUCAUAAGACAGAAUUUAAU